GUAAUUUUAGUGCCACUUUUUUUGUAUGAGGUUGGUAUUCUUCUCCUGAGUAAAUAUGUUCCUUGACUUGUCCUGUGCUCUAAUAAUUGGAAAACUAACAGAUAUCUAAACAGUUUCCACAUCCCACUUAAGUUUCAAAAUGUCGAAAAUUAAGGCCGGACCAGUUGUCGACAUCCUUGGCGAUGAAAUGACAAGAAUUAUCUGGGACCUGAUCAAAGAUAAACUUAUCAUACCAUUUUUGGAUAUCGAGCUGCACACCUAUGACUUGGGUAUGGAAAAUCGGGACAAAACCGACGAUCAGGUAACCAUCGAUUGUGCAAAUGCUGUUAAAAAGUAUAAUGUUGGCAUUAAGUGCGCCACGAUUACUCCGGAUGAGAAGAGAGUGGAGGAGUUCAAGUUAAAGAAGAUGUGGAAGAGUCCCAAUGGUACCAUUCGUAACAUUCUCGGCGGUACUGUGUUCAGGGAAGCUAUCAUCUGCAAGAACAUUCCUCGUCUUGUAACUGGUUGGGAGAAGCCCAUCAUUAUUGGUCGUCAUGCUCACGCUGACCAGUAUAAGGCUACAGAUUUUGUUGUGCCUGGUGAAGGAAAAUUAGAGCUCGUAUUCACUCCUGCUUCGGGCGAACCCAUUAGACAUGUAGUGAAUGAUUUCAAAGGUGCUGGUGUUGCACUCGGCAUGUUCAAUACUGACGCCUCCAUUGUAGAUUUUGCGCACUCCUCGUUCAAAUAUGCUUUGGAUAGAAAGUAUCCACUAUAUUUGAGCACAAAGAAUACUAUCCUUAAAAAGUAUGACGGGCGUUUCAAAGAUAUCUUCCAAGAUAUUUACGAUAAAGAAUACAAAGCGCAAUUCGAAGCUGCGGGCAUUUGGUAUGAGCACCGUCUUAUCGAUGAUAUGGUUGCCUACGCAAUGAAAUCCGAAGGUGGAUUUGUGUGGGCUUGUAAGAAUUACGACGGAGAUGUUCAGUCGGAUUCCGUAGCUCAGGGAUACGGAUCUCUAGGGUUGAUGACCUCAGUUUUAAUAUGCCCUGAUGGCAAAACUGUAGAGGCCGAAGCUGCUCAUGGAACUGUAACCAGACACUUCCGUUUCUACCAACAAGGAAAGGAGACAUCCACUAAUCCUAUCGCCUCUAUCUUUGCAUGGACCAGAGGUCUUUUGCACCGUGCUAAGCUAGAUGACAAUUCUGAACUCACAAAAUUCGCAGAAACUCUCGAAAAAGUAUGCAUCGAUACCAUAGAAUCGGGUAUCAUGACUAAAGAUCUUGCAAUUUGUAUCAAGGGCAUGAGCAAUGUCAAGCGAUCUGAUUACUAUGAAACAUUUGAGUUCAUGGACAAAUUGGCUGAGAAUUUGAGGAAGAGUUUGGGGCAAUGACUAAGUACCAAGCGGAUAUUUUGCAAUUUAUAACAUUUUUUACCUAUCUACUUAAGUGAACACUUAUGGGCUCGAGGAUAUUAUUGGCAUUUAUUUAUUUUCUUGUUUACUUUUUAUGUGUAAUAAAUGAAAUAUUUGUUUA